CCUAGAUGAAAUCACACCAUCUGCCCCUUCGCCUCCUUCGCGCCGUCGCCGGAUUAAGCCGCUGGGGGUUCUCAAUCCGCCGGAGGAAGAGAGCUGGAAGAUGGCGGAAGACGUCGGAGAGAGAGUAGGCUCGAUUUUCAGGGACAUUAGGCGCUACAACUGCGACUACUGUGGUAUCUGCAGAUCGAAGAAGUCUCUCAUCACCUCUCACAUCCUCUCUUCCCACAAGGAUGAGGUGGAGAAGGAGAAGAAGGAACCAGCUGAAUCGGUCGAGAACACUGAGGGAAAGAAGUCGAAGAAUACCUGUGAGGAAUGCGGGGCGACGUUUAAGAAACCCGCUUAUUUGAGGCAGCAUAUGCAAAGUCACUCGCUUGAGAGGCCAUUCCAGUGUUCUGUAGAGGACUGCCAUGCAAGCUAUAGAAGGAAAGACCAUUUGGCCCGCCACCUUCUGCAGCAUGAGGGAAAGCUUUUCACAUGUCCUCUUGACGGAUGCAACCGUUCGUUUGCCUAUCAAGGUAAUAUGAAGCGGCACUUGAAGGAAAUGCACGAUAAUGAGUCUCCUUCUACUAGUAGUGGCUGUCCGAGUCCAAAACAGUAUGCUUGCCCGGAACCUGGAUGUGGGAAGGUAUUCCGAUUUGCCUCGCGAUUACGGAAGCAUGAGGAUUCCCAUGUUAAACUGGAAAUGACAGAGGCCUUCUGUUGCGAGUGCAUGAAAUCGUUCAGCACUGUUGAUUGUCUGAAAGCCCACAUCUUAUCUUGUCACCAACACACAAUCUGUGAAAUUUGCGGGACGAAGCAACUCAGGAAGAACAUGAAGCGGCAUCUCCGAUUGCACAAGGCUAAACCUUCACCAAAUUCAAAGGUGAUCAAGUGCCAUUUCCCCGAUUGUCAGCACACUUUUUCAACUCAAUCAAACCUACGGAUUCAUGUGAAGGCAGUGCACUUGAACCUCAAGCCUUUUGUCUGUUGUUACAAAGAAUGUGGGAAGAGGUUCUCGUACAAGCAUGUGAGGGACAACCACGAGAAAACUGGGUGCCACGUUUACACUCCCGGGGAUUUUGCGGAGUUAGAUGAGCAAUUCCAAUGGAGACCGAGAGGCGGGCGAAAGAGAAAAUGCCCGACAAUUGAAUCUCUUUUGAGGAAACGGGUUUCUCUUCCGAUGGAACUAGACUUUCUUUCAGAUUAGGACCAAGGCUAGAAGUGACUCAUAUUGCUGGUCUUUUUGGAGUUCUUUGUGUCAUAGAUAAUUAGGUGUACGCGUCCAACCGAGUAAUUGCAUCCUUGUAAAAAGUAGGAUUAUCCCUUGAUACGAUGUCUCCUCUGUCUUUCGGGUAUAGGUACUAGGUGAGGAGGGCUAGGAGGUGUCUGAAUAUAGCAAGAACACAUUGUAUAUUGGCUGAUAUUUACCGAAGCAAAAAGUAAUUGGUGAGCUGGUCUUAUGUUAAUAUA